CUACUCCUAAACAUCGAUUUAUCGAGGUUUGCCCGGACCGGACUUGAAAUGACUAAGAUGCAAGACGCUGCUGAGGUUUUCUCGUGGCUGUCUACGGUUUUCUUUGUGUGUGUUCUUCUGCUUGUGUCAAAGGGGUUCUCUAUCACCAGAGCUCAGAUUAGCCUACCUGGAACAGUGAAGACGAUAUGUUUUGGUUUCAUCUACUUGACCUUCUACACUAUCGUCUUCUUUGACCAACGUGUGCUCCUGGACCCCCAAGACAUCAUUGUUAGUAUGACGUCACUAUCAGCAAGCGGUUUGAUUGGCCUAAAGUUUACUGGUGCUAUCAUUUUCGUAUACGGCUGUAUCGUGACGAUCAAGAACCACCCAAGAAAGGUGUCCUUCUAUUUACCAUUCACUAUCUUCUUAGUUCCUAAUAUCUGGAAUGGGAUCGACCUGGCUUUGUGUUUUACUGGACAUGCCUAUUUCCUGUAUAUAACGCGACCGGACCGUCUUAAUAAACGGUUCCCUUUCCAUCUGCGAGCAGGAAAGGUUUCAUUCCGUGAUAUCGAUGAAGACGUAGAAGAUCUCUAUAUUCCAUCGAAGGACUUUUAUUCCAUUUUCCAAACUGGAAAGAAAUCGGAUAUCGGACCUGGAACGACAUUGACUAUCCCCGAAGGACCCCAGCACUUCCAAACACCAGUGUUGCCUUUCAACGCACCAUCGGAAGAGUGCCUGGCUGUCCUUCUUCGACCAUCCUUACCGGAGAUACCAACCGUGUCUGCUACUGUUGACCUAUCAUACCGAAUACCCUCACCGGAGAUACCAACCGUGUCUGCUAAUGUUGACCCAGCAUACCGAAUACCAUCACCGGUUAUACCAACGGUAUCGGGUACUUUCCAGAAACAGACACCUGCAACGUCCUCGGUAUUUGUUUCCAUGCCUUCUGUAGUGGCUAGGCAGUCGAAGAAGAUCACUCCUACUGGGUCAUCAACCGGUCAGAAACAAUUUCCGAACGAAGACGGCGCGGCAGUUGAGAUCUCCACGGCUUCUGUUCCCAAAGGAGGGUUCUCUAUAUUCUCCGUCCAGAAACAACCAGUGAGUGCCCUUAGAUGUAUAGAUAAGAAUGUAAGAAAUAAUUUUCAAAUAAGAUGA